UCUAUGAAUUAAUUUUAUAAAUCAAAAUCAAAUCAACAAAAAAAAUAAUUAAUUAAUUAAUAAAUUAAACCAAAAAAAAAAAUCACACAAACUAUGAGCCCGUGUUGUUUGGCCACCACUGCGACCACUACUACGGGUCGGCGAUUGACUACCGCUUUAUUGUCGGCCACUGUUGCCUACGCCACCCGAACUACAGGCAGUGGUCAGGCGGUCAUCGGUCGGCGAUAUAUUUUUGGCGGUCUGUUUGGCGGCGGCAGCAAAAAAUCACAGCCGCCGACAGUGGCCACCGAUUUGAAGUCAUUGGACACUACGGCAACCGAUGCCGUCGUCGUAGAGGAUGAGGUCAAGUAUACCGACGAUGAACUGAUGGCCAUUCGCGAUAAGUCCAAUCUGCCGGCAAGUGUACGAUCGAUGCGACCGAUUAAUUGUUUGCCGCACUUACGUACCGAAGAAAUACGCCAAUAUUACGCCCAAUAUGGCCGCCAAUCGGGCCUUAAACCGGGCGUCCAGUGGCCGGCGCGCGAUGAACUCCAGUGGCUCAGGGGUUACGAACAAGCAUUUUGUCGGCCAUUAGCCGAUAUGAUAGCCGAAGUCCAAGCCGAACGUCACGGGGAGGCCAAACAACGUGCCGAUCGACAGCGCGAAGUUGUGGCCAAUUUGAAAAAAUUGCCGCAAAUGCGUCGCGAUUUCUGGCAAAAGUAUCGCCGAAUGCAUUCGGACAAAGAGGACGAAAUCGUACGCAAAGAGCGUCUGAUUCAAGAGGUUCGGGAGUUUGUCGGCUACGACUUGGAUCCGCGCGAUCCGCGUUUCGAAGAGGCCAUCGUUAAGCGGGACGAAGAACAGAAACGUCUGAUGAAAACCCAACGAAAACAAGAGAGACAACGGCUAACACUCGAGAGGUUGCAGACGUUGGCCAACGAAGCCAUGGAAAGCGAACAACAAUCGGAAGUAUCGGCGGCCAGUAGUGGUGGUGAUGGCGGCGGCGGCGGCGGCGGUGACGCCAAUAAACCGCCCGCUGUUGCCGUAGAUAUUAAAAAUAAAUAA